CCGUCAUGUCGACCCUGAUCAAGCCGCCGCCAGCUGAUCCUAGCAAAUCUGCAAUCGAGAGCGUGCUCGAGCUCAAGCAAUUGACCGACAUCGAUCCUGGUAUUUUCACCAAUACACGACCACUAUGGCAUCCUCCUGGCGCUCGAGGAAUAUACGGAGGUGCCGUGAUUGCACAAUGUCUCGCGGCAGCGCAACGAACGGUCCGCGAUGACUUCACCGUCCACAGCAUGCACUGCUACUUUGUGCUAGCCGGCAACGCAGAGAUUCCGAUCAUGUAUCACGUCGAGAAGGUCCGAGACGGCCGAAGCUUUGCUACACGCACCGUACAAGCACGACAGCGAGGACGCCCCAUCUUUACAACAACCAUGUCGUUUGUUCGAGAAAACAGCGGAGGUGCCGAGCGGGUCGAACAUGCAGUCGACAUGCCGACAGUACCUGGGCCUUCGGAAGACUUGGACAUUCCACAGCAAGACAACAGUCCUUUCCAAAGCCAACGCAUCCAUAUCCUCAACCACGAAUCAGGUCGGCCGCAGGACAAAAAGACAAGACAGUGGAUCAAGGCUAGGGGCAAGAUCAGCCCCAGUGGAGGACACCAGGCACAUCUGUCGGCACUCGCAUACAUGAGCGACAGCUAUUUCAUAGGCACAGUGUCACGGGUGCACCGGCUGUGGAGAUUCUCGACAUCGGACAAGGACGGCAAGUCGACCAUCGACAAUUCUGUGCUUGAGAAGCUUCGUGACAUGGACGACGAUACGCUGCGGAGAAUGCAGGGAAUGGACGAAGAUGUCAUUGUUGCAUUGAGAAACAUGAAGGAUAUCAACAGCGUGGAACAGAGACGACCAGAAGUGGGCAUGAUGGUCAGUCUGGAUCAUACCAUCUACUUCCACUCGCCGCGCAAUUUCCGUGCAGACGAGUGGAUGUUUACCGAGAUGGAGAGCCCAUGGGCGGGGGACGGCAGAGGAUUGGUAUUGCAGAGAAUGUUCACAAAGGACGGCGAGCUGGUUGCAACAUGUGUGCAAGAGGUAAUGACAAACAAACAUGACAACCAGGAUAUUCUCAGGGCUGACAAGUGCAUGCAGGGCGUGGUCCGACUAAAGGAAAGGGAUGUGUCGAGCAAACUG